UUCAAGUAUAAAUAACCCAAGAAUGAGCAGUGUUGUUUCAUCACACAUCAAUUCAUCAAGAAACGCAAAACUCAAUAUAUUCCAGUUAUUAUUACUAUUAAAGAAGGAAAUCAAGAAAAGAUCAUGUCUACCACUGCUGGACAAGUCAUUCGUUGCAAAGCUGCUGUGGCAUGGGAGGCAGGGAAGCCACUGGUAAUAGAGGAAGUGGAAGUGGCACCUCCUCAGAAAAUGGAAGUUCGUCUCAAAAUCCUCUACACUUCCCUUUGCCACACUGAUAUCUACUUUUGGGAAGCCAAGGCCCAAAAUUCAGUUUUUCCUCGUAUUCUUGGACAUGAGGCAGCGGGGAUUGUGGAGAGUGUGGGAGAGGGAGUGACAGAACUUGCACCAGGGGACCAUGUACUUCCAGUGUUCACUGGUGAAUGCAAAAAUUGUGCACACUGCAAAUCAGAAGAGAGCAAUAUGUGUAGCCUAUUGAGGAUUAACACAGACAGGGGAGUGAUGAUUAAUGAUGAGCAAUCAAGAUUCUCCAUCAAUGGGAAGCCCAUUUACCAUUUUGUUGGGACUUCUACUUUUAGUGAGUACACUGUGGUUCAUGUUGGUUGUGUUGCCAAAAUCAAUCCACUUGCUCCUCUUGACAAAGUCUGUGUCCUCAGUUGUGGAAUUUCAACUGGCCUUGGUGCAACUCUGAAUGUUGCCAAACCAACAAAAGGCUCAAGUGUGGCUGUGUUUGGACUUGGGGCUGUAGGCCUUGCUGCUGCUGAAGGAGCAAGGAUUGCAGGGGCUUCAAGAAUUAUCGGUGUUGAUUUGAAUGCAAGCAGAUUUGAGCUAGCAAAGAAAUUUGGCGUGACAGAAUUUGUGAACCCAAAAGACUAUAACAGACCAGUUCAAGAGGUAAUAGCUGAGAUGACUGAUGGUGGAGUUGACCGUAGCGUAGAGUGCACAGGCCACAUUGAUGCUAUGAUUUCUGCAUUUGAAUGUGUCCAUGAUGGCUGGGGAGUGGCUGUUCUUGUGGGAGUACCCCAUAAAGAAGCUGUAUUCAAGACACACCCUAUGAACUUGUUGAAUGAAAGGACUCUAAAGGGCACAUUCUUUGGAAACUACAAGCCGCGAUCGGAUCUUCCUUCUGUAGUAGAGAAAUACAUGAAUAAAGAACUAGAAUUGGAGAAGUUCAUAACUCAUCAGCUCCCAUUUUCUGAAAUCAACAAGGCUUUUGAUCUCAUGCUCAAAGGAGAAGGCCUUCGUUGCAUCAUCCACAUGGACCACUAAACUAAGUCUUUCCUCAUCAAACAUGGCAUGGAGCUACUGCCUUUUCUCCCAUUUUCUUGCUUUAGUAUGUGUUUCUGCUUUCCCUUUCAAAAAUCCUUGUAAUUUGUCUCGCCUUGAAUAAACGAAUCAUUUCAUUUUGUUAUA